AUGGCUCACCAUGUCACAGUUCUUUGGGUAGUUUUGCAUCUUCUUUGCCAGAGUUAUGUAGUAGCUGAAGAUGGGAAAUAAGAUCCAGUAAGCUGCCGCACGGCGCCCACGGACCUGGUGUUCAUCCUGGACGGCUCGUACAGCGUGGGGCCCGAGAACUUCGAGGCGGUGAAGCGGUGGCUGGUGAGCCUCACGCGCCACUUGGGUGGGCCGCGGUUCACGCGGGUGGGGCUGGUGCAGUACAGCGACGCGCCGGUGCUGGAGCUGCCGCUGGGCCGCGAGCACCCGGGCCGGCGCCUGGCCGCCGCCCUGCGCGCCGUGCGCUUCCGCGGCGGCAACACGCGCACCGGCCGCGCCCUCCGCUUCGCCCUGGACCACCUGCGCGCCGGGGCCGCCCGCGCCCGCGCCCGCGCCCGCGCCCGCGUGGCCGUGGUGCUGACCGACGGCAAGUCGCAGGACGCCGUGCGCGAGGCGGCGCGCGCGGCCCGGGACGGCGGCGUCACGCUGUUCGCCAUCGGCGAGGGCGCCGAGGCCGAGGACGCGGAGCUGAGAGCCAUCGCCAACGAGCCCGCCUCCGCCUACGUGCUCCACGUGGAGGACUACACGGCCAUCUCCAAGAUCCGAGAGGUGAUGAAGCAGAAGCUGUGCGAGGAAUCUGUCUGUCCCUCACGGAUCCCAGUGGCAGCUCGUGAUGAAAAAGGAUUUGAUAUUCUUCUAGGGCUAGGCAUAAAGAAAAAAGUUAAGAAACGAAUUCAACUGUCGCCGACAAAGCUGAAAGGCUAUGAAGUGACAGCGAAGGUGGAUUUGUCGGAGUCUACGAGCAACGUCUUCCCGGAAGGUCUUCCUCCGUCCUACGUGUUUGUCUCCACCCAGAGAUUUAAAGUCAGGAAAACGUGGGAUUUGUGGAGGAUAUUAACUGCAGACGGAAGGCCACAGAUAGCGGUUACUUUAAACGGGGUGGAAAAGACCUUGUCAUUUACAACCACCAGCACGGUGAACGGCUCCCAAGUCGCCGCCUUCAUGGACCCUCGAGUGAAGACGCUGUUUGAUGAGGGCUGGCAUCAGAUCCGCCUCCUCGUCACCGAGCGGGACGUGUCCCUGUUCCUCGACGACCGGCACGUGGACAGCAAGCCUCUGCAUCCCGCCCUCGGCAUCUUCACCAGCGGGCAGACCCAGAUCGGGAAGUACUCGGGGAAGGAAGAAACGGUGCAGUUUGAUGUCCAAAAGUUACGAAUCUAUUGUGAUCCUGAACAGAACAACCGGGAGACAGCAUGCGAGAUUCCUGGAUUUAAUGGAGAGUGCCCUAAUGGUCCCAGUGAUGUCGGCUCAACCUCUGCCCCCUGUGUCUGUCCUCCCGGAAAGCCAGGAUCACAAGGCCCCAAAGGUGAUCCUGGAGUGCCUGGGAAGCCUGGGUAUCCUGGACAGCCUGGUCAAGAUGGUAAGCCUGGCUCUCCGGGCGUCUCCGGGCCGCCGGGCGUGCCGGGGCCUCCGGGAAUCCGGGGCGCCCGAGGACCGCCGGGUUACACAGGAGAGCCGGGGAGGGAUGGCCCAAAGGGUGAUCGUGGACUUUCUGGUUUCUCUGGGCUCCAUGGCCUGCCAGGACUAAAGGGUGAAAUGGGCCCCCGAGGGGACCAGGGGGUGCCUGGAGUUGACGAAAGAAGGGAAGGUGCCAAGGGCGACAAGGGCAGCGUGGGAUCUCCUGGCCUUCCCGGACGGGCUGGCGAAGCGGGAAGCGACGGGAAGGACGGGCUCGUGGGCGGCCCUGGAGUCAAGGGAGAGCCAGGGUCCCCCGGCCCCCCGGGACAGGACGGCCCGCGUGGAGAGCCGGGAAUCCCGGGAUAUCCUGGAAACCAGGGAUUAAUGGGCCUCAAGGGAGACCUUGGGCCCCCAGGACCUCCAGGGAGAGCAGGAGCCCCCGGAAUUCCAGGCCUGAUGGGGAGCGGUGGCUCGCCAGGCCAGCCCGGCGCCCCAGGACCGAAGGGGAGCCAAGGGGAGCCUGGACCUCCAGGGAAGGCCGGCGCUUCCGGACUCAAGGGAGAGUCGGGAACCAGAGGUCCAGCGGGCGAGCCGGGCUACGCAGGACUGCCGGGAAUUCAAGGCACGAAGGGGGACAAAGGAAGUCAAGGUGAAAGAGGUAUUCAGGGCCGGAAGGGAGAGGCCGGACAGCCAGGGAGCCCAGGACAACAGGGAAUCCCAGGUCACCAUGGCGCGAAAGGAGAGAGAGGUGACAAGGGGGAGCCUGGUGUCAGAGGUGCUGCUGGACCCAGAGGACAACCUGGGGCACAUGGCCUGAGGGGGCCCGAGGGCCCCAAGGGGCAGGCAGGGGACUCGGGCCCUCGGGGUCUGCCCGGCGUGGAUGGAAAGCCGGGCAGGGAACUUUCAGAGCAGUUUAUCCGGCAAGUCUGCACGGAUGUGUUAAGAGCCCAGCUACCAGUCUUACUGCGGAGUGGAGGGGCUCCGAACUGUGACCAGUGCCAGCCCCAGCGGGGCUCCCCCGGCAGCCCCGGGCCGCCCGGCCCCUCCGGCCCCGAAGGCCCCCGUGGGCUUCCCGGCCUGCCAGGGCGCGAAGGGGUCCCUGGAUUCAUGGGCACCCCUGGCCGCCCAGGACCUAGAGGACCAAAAGGCCUGCCGGGGAAAAGCGGAGCCAAGGGGAGCCUCGGGUUUGGACACCCUGGAGAACCAGGCCUUCCGGGGCUCCCAGGUCCCGAGGGCCCCCCGGGGGCGAGCCGAGAGGGACCCCCAGGAGCGCCGGGGGCCCCCGGCAGGGCCGGCGCCCCGGGGCAGGCCGGCGUCCCGGGGCAGCCCGGCGUCCCCGGGGUGUGCGACCCCGCCCUGUGCUUCCGCGUGACCGUGGGGACAGACCCGUUCCGAAAAGGACCCAACUACUAG